AUGAUGUUUGGGAGUGUGCCAAUCGUGCUCGGUCCUCCCAGAGACAAUUAUGAGAAGCAGAUCCCAGCGGAUGCCUUUAUCCACAUCAAUGACUUUGCAAACCCCAAGGAGCUGGCGGAAAGACUGCACUAUCUGGACAAACAUCCGGAGGAGUAUAGGGACUACUUUAGGUGGAGGGCACAGUAUGAGGCAAAGCUGUCCGGGUUUGGAAAAGAGCAUGCCUCGGAGCUGAAGGCGGCGGUCCAGUCCUGGCCUCACUCAGACCCGGUCAGCUGGGCUCAGAGAGGGCGAGCCGUGGUCCUAGUCCGAAGACUGGAACUCAGUCUGGAGCGAGCCGUGGCUGCCCUGAAGCAGAACGACCUGGACUAUUACAGAGAGUUCGAGCCCCUGAUGUCCUGGAGGUUCUGGCAGGUUCCUGGGUCCUGGAUCUCCACUGACCCAAGUCUGGUCUACUCCUCCACUCUGAGCUCCGAGUGCUACGACGAAAAUCUGAGCGAUAAGUGUCUCACGCUGCUGCUGGGAACCUGGAAGCAGAAUGGGACUCCGUGUAUUGUGACCCAACAGUGCAGAGACAUGAUGACCCGGUUCGGAUGUCCCUUCUACUCUCUCUCACACCAGCUGCUCUACUUCAUGAUCGGACACAUGAAAGGCUGCAGUAACCUCCUGAAGGGUGACUCUCGUGCCUCCCGUGUGAACAUGACGGAUCAGAGCUACCAGAGUAUCUUCUGCUCGAACAUGAUGAAGACCAACCAGGACCUGCUGACCCUCGGCCUCGAACUGGGAGCUAUGAACACAGACAUCUUCCUGGAGAACAUCCUGGUCUGUGGAUUGGCUGGUUUCUCAGACUUCUACAAAUCUGAUUGGCUGCAGCACAUUCUGAGACUUCAGGACGUGGAAGUGGGAUGUUUCGGCCGAGACAGUACGACACUCGCUCUAAGAAUCGGGGAGGAGCUCCUGCAGCAGCUGCAGCCGCAUCAUCGAGUGAAGAGGAGAGAGAAGGUUCUGCUCGAUGGUUGUUCCAGUCACAUGACCGGAGUGGCAGUGGGUGCGCUCGGAGGAUACCUGAACUUUUACCUCGCUGAGCAAGACAUCACCAAGAGACCGCUGUCCUGA